AUGCAGGCGUGCGAGGGCGGCGCAGCCGGGCGCCGGGCCUUCGACAGCAUCUGCCCCAACAGGAUGCUGGACCUGUCGCGGCGGCCCCUGGGCAAGCCCGGGAGGCCGGACAGGAAGCUCGUCCCUCCGUGGAAGUCCUUCUCGGCAUGCGGCGGCGACAGCCCGGUGUCGGUGUUCGAGGAUCGCCCUGACUCGGAGCCUGCCGCGCUGCCAGCCCUCAGCACCAUAGACCUGCAGGACCUCGCAGACUGCACCUCGCUACUUGGCCCCGAAGCGCCGCCUAGUGGUGAUUCUUCCGCCUCGCAGAAGCACUCUUUGCAAACUGAAGAAGAAUUCAACCUGCAGAAUUUCAGAGACACCGUGGAUGAUCUCAUUGCAGGCAAGUGCCGUUAAAUGACAACUCAUCCUUUGACUUCACCUCUCCUGACAGACGGUGACUUUCCCUUUUCCCCUUGCGACAUUUCGUCUCUGGGGUCCUGCCUCUCCCCAUCGCUGGACCCACCUGCCCUGGGGUCUCCGCAGCCUUUGCCCCCACCGCCCUGUGCUCCAGACCUGCCGCCACCGCCAACUGAGCAGUACUGGAAGGAGGUGGCCGACCAGAAUCAGAGGGCUCUGGGAACUGCUCUCAUAGAGAAUAACCAACUGCACGUGACGCUGACGCAGAAACUGGAGGAGAUCGCCUCGCUCAGGGAGAGGAACGUGCAGCUCAAAGAACUGGCCAGCCGGACUCGGCACCUGGCCUCGGUGCUGGACAAGCUGAUGAUCACGCAGUCCCCAGCAGAACCCUUCCAGGUCAAGGCGACGACGAAAAGGAGCCUGGAGGAGCUGUUCUGUGCUGCGGGGCAGGAAGGGCAGGGCUGCUCGGAAGUGGACGCCAUCCUCAGGGACAUCUCCCAGCGCUGCGACGAAGCCUUGCAGAACCGCGACCCGAAGCGGCCCCGGCUGCAGCAAGAGCCCAGGAACUUGCACGGCGCCUUCCGAGGGCUGCGCACCCACUGCAGCGCCAGCUCGCUGAACCCGGGUCAUGGUGAGCUGGAGGAGGGCGGCUCCUUCAGCACGUCCAUCCGCAGCCACAGCACCAUCCGAACUCUCGCCUUCCCCCAAGGCAAAGCCUUCACCAUCCGGACUGUCACCGGGGGUUACAAAUUCCGCUGGGUCCCCAGCUGA